AUCCCCGUGCUUUGGAUCUCGUGUUGACGCUUAUCUCUUUAUGGGAGAGUGUCAAUUCUGAUUUCAACUGCUCUAUUUAUUAAGCAUCACUCACUGGUUUUGUUUGCUUUCGCGGACGUCGUGAACGAUUACUACCGAUUGUUACCAUGACUGCUUCGCUGGUCAGGAUCUUGCACAGAUUGCAGGAACUUUUCUCCAACGUUGUGUCUGCGCUAGAGACCAUGAUCCUCUUCCCUUCGCUCUUCCGGGAAUUUUCCCAACGGCGCCAGAAAGGUUUCCUGGGCGUACGAUGGCGACAUCGGACAUUGGACGACUUUGCAGAGGAGGUCGACCGCCUCUUUACUGCACCCCUGUCGAUGCGGAAUAUGAUCGUCAUGUCGGAGAAGAUACGCGCUCAGUUUAGGUCAUGCCUGCAGUCCAGCCCUGUGUGCAUGCUACCAUCCUACAACCAUGCGUUACCGUCGGGCGCUGAAGUGGGGACAUACUUGGCUCUGGAUGUUGGAGGGUCGACGUUUCGUGUGGCUUUGAUCGAAUUGCAUGGGAAGGGGAACAUAAAGGUACUUCGGGAGUCAUCCGCAUACAUCGACAACAAUGUCAAGCUGUUGGAGGGCACAUUGUUCUUCGAUUGGAUGGCAGAGAGGAUCGAGUCGAUGCUGCAGGAAGUUGGUUCAAGCUACGGUCGGGGAGAGUUGCCUCUAUCCAUGGGUCUGUCAUGGUCUUUCCCUAUUGAACAAACAUCGAUUAGCAGCGGACUGGUUAUCCACAUGGGCAAAGGUUUCUUGUGUUCCAAUGGCACUGUAGGGCAGGAACUAGGAGACCUGAUCGUCCAGUCGUGCCGCGCGCGGAACCUUAACGUACAAGUGGAUGCCAUUGUCAACGACAGUUCUGCCACGCUUCUGUCUCGGGCCUAUGUCGACCCUCAAACGCGCAUGUCGCUCAUUCUGGGAACCGGGACCAACGUUGCGAUUCACUUCCCGAUACACGAGAUUGGAUUGACGAAGUUUGGUACCAGGCCCCCGGGUUGGUUCGACUAUGCCAAGAACGUUAUUAUCAACAGCGAAAUGAGCAUGUUCGGCGGUAGUGUGUUGCCCAUGACCCGAUGGGAUGACAUCCUCAAUCGCACCCAUCUUCGACCCGACUACCAGCCUCUGGAAUACAUGAUUACUGGACGCUACCUGGGUGAGGUUGUCCGACUCAUUAUCGUCGAGGCUGUCGAUACUGCCAAUCUGUUUGGAGGAGAGCUGCCGCACUCCAUGCGGGAGCCAUAUUCGCUCGACACCAGCAUCGUUGCAUUUCUCGAAGCCGACACAUCGCCAUCAUUGGCUUCUUCGACAGCUUUGUUCCAAAAACAGCACACCUUCCCUGUGACCCCAUCCUCAGAGGACCUGCAUUUCCUACGCCGCGUAUGCCAGACCGUUUCGCGACGAGCUGCUGGUUAUCUGGCUACCGCAAUUCACAGCAUGUGGUGCUUGCGCAAUGACACUGAGUUCCCUACUUCUACCACGACUAUCAAGGAGGCUUCGGAAGUCACCGUGGUGGAGAGUGAGCCAGAAUCUCGGAGUCUGUCGAUUGCAUGCGAUGGCAGCGUGAUCAACAAGUACCCCGGAUUCCGAGACAGCUGCCAAACCUAUCUCAACCAGCUGACUGAACAGACCAGCGGCACUACAGAAUCAUCUAUCAGCCUUGACCUUGCACCGGAAAGCGCAAUUGUUGGGGCUGCGGUUGCUGUUGCCGUGGCUGUUGCCAAAAAAGGGCCGAAAUCUGUAUAAUGUGCACUUUUCUCAUUCGCGCAUUCUCCGUUUUCGUUCUACUUUUUAUUGGUAUAUCGUCUUUACGUUUGUAUUGACAAAGGGGGUUUAUUGCUAUCGUCAUUGCAUAUAGGGUUGGCAUCAUUCUUUUUUGGUCGGAUGGCUGGGUAUUAAGCAUCGGUGUAUAUAAUAUAACCCAGCGUCAUCGCCUGUCCUCUUUAAGGAUCGUUCUAUUAGACUAAGAUAAAUAUGUACUAGUCAUUAACCAAAUUAUAGGUACCAUUAUUCCUUGCAAAGAUCCUGCAACAAUUCCAGCAUCCUUAGCUGGAGAGCCGAGAGUUCAUCUCGAGGCA